GGCUGCGUCACGUGAAAGGGAGCCAGGCCCAGCAGCAGCAGAAGCCGCCGCCGCCGCCGCUCGGCCGGGAGAGCCAGGCUGGGCUUGUCGGGAACGGGGACCAAGCUGGCGAGGAGGAAGGCAAGGCAAGGCAAGGCAGCCUGGGCGAGGGGAAGCAGCCUCCUUGGAGAGAGAGAGAGAGAGAGAUUAGAAACACCCGAGAAGCCCUAAUUUUGAAGGACAGAUGGCUUACAAGACUGCUAUAGCUAAACAGUGAAGCCAGAUGCAACCGAAAUUGCCAAGUUGAAAGUGUGCCUGUGCAUACUGUGCAUACAACACAUGCAUACAUAUCUGCAGCCACAGAGACUGGCAGUUACAUACUUGAGAUAGUUUUAUCAAUUGAUGAAAAUUAAUUCAAGGACCAGAUGGAGCAACCUGGCAGCACAAGGACCAAAAGCCCGUGGAAUGCCAUCUGCUAACAAUGGUCAACCCUCCUCCUGGUUUAUAGCGCAUAAAAAGAAAAAUACCAGUAGUUGCAGAAGACGACAUUCUCUCAGCAUAGUAGAAAUGACACAAAUAUCUCUAUAAAAAUGAAACAGUUUCUAAGAGAUUGGUAUCAUCAUCCCCAAAAGAGGAAUAAUGUUCACAUUUCUUAUGAAUAUGCUUGCUAAUUUAACAGUAACAAAUAAUUGAUUGGCGGGUGAGAUUCUGAAAAAAGUGAUUUGUGGAGCAGUGGGACAGAUCUAAGAAGUUGAAUUCUGGAGACUUUGGCCUCUUGUGAUGAGUUUUGCAAUGAGAUGUGUUACUUUCUCUUCUCUGCUCUCCUUUUGUUUUGUUUUUGAUUCUUGUUAAUAUUACAAAUGCUGAUAAAUAUUUGUCCAUAAAUGUUACAUAGAGCAUUUGAACAUUUUUAGACAACAUUCUACAACUUCAAAUGUGUUGGUUGAAACUCUGACUCUGUGCUCUAUAAAAAAAACCAGUAAAAGAAAACAUAUUGACUGAGCAAAGAACACAUCCCUAUAGACUCUAAAGGGAAGGCAAGUUGGAUAUUUUUGAAGUGUGGGUCCCCUUCUCUUUUUUUCUUGUUGGCUAUUCUUCCUACUGUCUUGCAUCCUGUGGGAUCAGCAAGUAAUUGCUGGCUGGAUGUGCUUUUAGCUCUGGCACUUGUUUUUAUAAGAAGAUGAAAAGCAAGUUCUGUGAUUCUCUUCUUGCAGCAUAAAGGGAAAAGACAGAGGCGUCGAACAGCCUGAUGUUUUGGAGCAAAUUUCAUGGUUCACCUGAGGUGAACAUAUCUGCUUUAAAAGCUUAAAAGUGCCAGGGCGUUUUAAAAAACAGACUGCUAAAUGAGAAGGGACUUUUGUUCUUAUGCCUACAUGUGGCAUCAGGUCCUGAGGAGGCAGGCAAGACAGCGUGACAAACUGAGACUCCUGUGGAAGCUGCCAAGGAAAUGGGAUUGCCUUUGGAUUGCAAAAGCGCUUGGGUUGAACAGUGAGCAGUGGAGUCCAGAAAGGGCUUUUCUGUCUGGCCUGGCACAUUGUUAACUGCACAAAACUUUGUUUUGUGGUCUCACAUGGUCUGCGUGCCUUCCCCCUUCCCAUCUUUAUGCAAUCUGCUUCAGCUUUAGCGGCAGAAAUGUGUCUGAUGGGGAAGUUGUGUCCGAGGAUGGUUUUGGGGAAAGAUUGAAUGAAUGUCCAGUGUGCGUACCUAUGAAAAUCCAACUGGAGAAAAUCUUUAAAGCCUUAAGUUACUUGAAACCUACACAUCUGCAAACCUUUGUCUCUGGAAUUGCGUGAAGCUAUACUAGAAAUCUCAGGCGUUACGGUGGUUAUAUCCAAUUGAUCAAAAAGGCGACUUGCCGCUUCUUUGAGCGCCUCUCCUGCAGUAGCUGUUUCUCCAAAGGAUAAGUGUGCGAGGGCAACUCUUACAACUCUAAAUCAAAAUGAACCUAAUUUGUUUUUGUUUUUUUAAACAUUAUGUUUUCUUAGCCAACUGUCAUCAUCUUUUAUAGAGAAAUUUUUCACUAUGCAUUUGGUGGAUAUUUAUAAAAACUGACUUUUUCUUCUUUUCCCACUCCUCGUAUUUGGAUCUGUCCGAAAUUGUGGGCGUAUCAACAAAACAAAAGAUUUACAUUUUCUGCACUAGACGCAGUACUAUUUCAAAAGGGAAAAAUACAGUAAAGCAUGUAUGCAGCUGUGGAACAUGGGCCUGUUCUCUGCAGCGACUCCAACAUCCUCUGCCUCUCUUGGAAAGGCAGGGUUCCCAAAAGUGAAAAGGAGAAACCUGUGUGCCGGAGGCGCUAUUAUGAGGAAGGCUGGCUGGCAACUGGAAAUGGCCGAGGAGUAGUCGGUGUUACCUUUACUUCCAGCCACUGUAGAAGAGACAGGAACACACCGCAAAGAAUCAACUUCAACUUAAGGGGCCACAACAGUGAGGUGGUACUUGUAAGAUGGAAUGAACCAUUUCAGAAGCUGGCAACCUGUGAUGCAGAUGGUGGAAUAUUUGUUUGGAUUCAAUAUGAAGGCAGAUGGUCUGUGGAGCUUGUGAACGAUCGUGGGGCACAGGUGAGUGAUUUUACGUGGAGCCACGAUGGAACACAAGCACUCAUUUCCUACAGAGAUGGGUUUGUCCUGGUUGGAUCAGUCAGUGGACAGAGACAUUGGUCUUCGGAGAUUAACUUGGAGAGUCAGAUCACCUGUGGGAUAUGGACUCCUGAUGAUCAACAGGUCCUGUUUGGCACAGCAGACGGACAGGUGAUUGUCAUGGACUGCCAUGGUCGGAUGCUAGCACAUGUUCUCCUUCAUGAGUCUGACGGCAUCCUUAGCAUGUCCUGGAACUACCCAAGCUUCUUGGUCGAAGACAGUAGUGAGAGUGACACUGAUUCUGAUGAUUAUUCCCCACCACAAGAUGGUCCAGCUUCAUAUCCAGUCCUAGUUCAGAACACCAAACCAUUGCUCACUGUCAGCUUCACAUCGGGAGACAUUAGCUUGAUGAACAACUAUGAUGAUUUGUCCCCGACCAUCAUCCGUUCAGGGUUGAAAGAUGUAGUUGCUCAGUGGUGUACGCAAGGAGACUUACUGGCUGUGGCAGGAAUGGAAAGACUAAGCCAACUAGCUGAACUUAGUGGAGCUUCUUUUCUGAAAAGUGCACUCGUCAAGUUCUACAAUAUUCAUGGAGAACAUAUCUACACUCUGGAGACACCCGUACAGUGCCCUAUCAUCUCCAUCUGCUGGGGUCACAGGGACUCACGCCUGCUCAUGGCAUCUGGCCCUGCCCUGUAUGUCGUCAGAGUGGAGCACAGGGUGUCCAGCUUGCAGCUCUUGUGCCAACAGACCAUUGCUAGUUCCUUGCGGGAUGACAAAGAUAUCAGCAAACUCACCCUGCCUCCCCGCCUGUGCUCAUACCUCACCACUGCCUUUACACCAACGAUCAAGCCUCCUAUCCCAGAUCCCAAUAACAUGAGAGAUUUUGUUAGCUACCCAACAUCUGGCAACGAAAGGCUUCACUGCACAAUGAAGAGGACAGAAGACGAUCCAGAGGUUGGAGGGCCUUGCUAUACCUUGUACUUGGAAUACUUGGGAGGUCUGGUGCCUAUCUUGAAAGGAAGGCGGAUUAGCAAACUGCGGCCUGAGUUUGUCAUUAUGGAUCCUAAAACAGAUGGAAAAGCAGAUGAAAUCUAUGGAAACAGUUUGAUUUCCAGUGUGAUUGACAGCUGCAACUGCUCCGAUUCCAGCGAUAUUGAACUGAGUGAUGACUGGGCUGCCAAAAAAUCCCCCAAAAUCACUCGAGCUAGCAAAUCACCCAAACUUCCCAGAAUUAACAUAGAAGCUCGCAAAUCUCCCAAGUUAUCACGGGCUUCCCAGGAGAUAUCAAGGUCUCCUCGGCUCCCCAUCAGAAAGCCCUCUAUAGGUUCACCAAGUCUAACUCGUCGGGAGUUUCCUUUGGAAGAUAUCACUCAGCACAACUACCUUGCUCAGGUCACAUCAAACAUCUGGGGAACCAAAUUUAAGAUUGUGGGUUUGGCUGCUUUUCUUCCAACCAAUCUCGGUGCAGUUAUAUAUAAAACCAGCUUGCUGCAUCUCCAGCCCAGACAAAUGACGAUAUAUCUUCCGGAAGUACGCAAGAUUUCCAUGGACUAUAUAAAUUUACCUGUUUUCAACCCAAAUGUUUUUAGUGAAGAUGAAGAUGAUUUACCAGUGACUGGAGCAUCUGGAAUUCCCGAAAACAACCCACCAUGCACUGUAAACAUCCCAAUUGCUCCUAUUCACAGCUCAGCACAAGCAAUGUCACCUACUCAGAGCAUAGGGCUGGUUCAGUCUUUGUUGGCCAAUCAGAAUGUACAAUUGGAUGUCCUUGCAAACCAGACAACAUCUGUAGCAGCAGCAGAUCACAUGAAUGAUAAUGCAGUUCACUAUCCGAUCCCAAGCAGGUACUCCAACCCAGGCCAGGUGAUCUUUGGAGGAGUAGAAAUGGGGCGCAUCAUCCAGGCGCCCCCUCAGUUACCCCUGCCACCCCAGGGUGCAAUCCAGAUGGCAAUGAUGGACCACAGAGAUGGGGACAGGGACCAUGAACACCUCCAAAAAGCCAAAACAUUGCGGCCAGUACCACAGGUGGCUGAAGGAGAAGCGUCUGUUUUCAGCACUGCCCAAGAAAUCCAGAUGAACAAAAUGAAUCCCCCUCCGCCAUACCCAGGCACCAUACCAGCAGCGCCUACCACAGCACCUCCUCCUCCUCCUGUACCUCAACAACCUCCGGUAGACCUCUGUUUGAAAAAAGGAGAUUUCCCGCUUUAUCCAGCAGGACAUUAUCAGACUCCUCUGGGCUAUGAGAGAAUCACCACUUUUGACAGUAGUGGGAAUGUUGAGGAAGUAUGUCGACCUCGGACACGGAUGCUGUGUGCCCAGAAUACUUACACUCUGCCAGGGCCUGGCAGCUCUGCGACACUAAGAAUUACUUCAUCCGAGAAGAAGAUUCAGCAGCCUUGUACCAGCGCUACCUUGAACAGACUCACAGUUCCACGCUACUCCAUUCCCACUGGGGAUCCACCGCCUUACCCUGAGAUUGCUGCCCAGCUGUCUCAAGGUCGUGGCAUUACACAGAGGCUGGACAACAGCAUCAUCCAUGCCACUCUGCGGAGGAAUAGCAGGGAGGCAGCACUGAAAAUGGCUCAGCUGGUUGACAGCCAGAGAGCUACCCUGCAGCUCCCACCCAAACUAAAGAGCAAUGUUGUGGCAGCCCAGUACCAACAGAGGGCGCCAACAGCGCUGUACACCUGCAGCCAGUGCAGCAACAGUGGCAACACCAGUGGCGGGAGCAGUGGCAGUGCUGCUAAUAGUGGAAAUGGGAACAUCAGCAGUGCCAACAGUAACAACACAUCCAGCAUUGGCAACGUAAGAUCGGAUGUAACAAUGGGGAGCAGUUCUCAACACAGCUCUGUCAUUGCACACUCAGCCAGUACUUCGCCUUUGGCCUCCCAGUCCUCCUAUAGUUUGCUGGGUCCACCAGACAACUCUCAUGAACGGACAGACUACGUGAAUUCUGCCUUCAUGGAAGAUGAAGCUCUUUCUCAGCACUGCCCUGUGGAAAAGUCAAUGCGUCACGUUCCAGUUGCCAUGGCUGAGCCUAGCAUUGCUGUGAAAAGACCACCUCCCUAUCAGUGGGAACCUAUGAUGAGUGAGGAAAUAUGGGUUCCUCAACAAAGGACAGCAAAUACUUUGCCUCACCCUGUAAAAUCCACCCCUCUAGUCAUUGGCCAAGCUCAGCAUCUGGAUAUCUCCCGGGCACCAUUUAUUUCCCCCAAGUCUCCAACCAGUCCCACUGCCACUUUUCAGAUGAGUUAUGGGGUUGGAGCACCCUAUGUGGGGGGCUACAGUGUCCCUCCUCCACCACCACCACCUCUUCAGGGAAUGCAGGUGCCCUGUCCUCCCAAAGAAGGUCUGGCCCCUCCUCAAAUUGCACAACAGGAGCCAACAGUUGUGCUUCAACCAGGUUAUCCCUCCAACCUUUCUUAUUGCCCUUUGCCCCCCAUGUAUCCUGGAAAUAGCACUUGCUCGAGUUUACAGCUGCCACCGAUGGCCUUGCACCCAUGGAAUCCCUACAGCACCUGCCCACCUCCCACACAGAGUGCUCAAAGCACUCUCCCCCCAAAGCCCCUGGUGGUGGUGGAGAAGCCUGUUAUGUCUCCACCACCAGCAGAGCCGCAGGGUCAUGUGGGCUCAGAUGCCAUGGCAGAGACAGCAGACAACUUCCAAGAAGUACUCUCAUUGACAGAGAGCCCCAUCCCCCAACGGACAGACAAGUUUGGGAAAAAGAACCGAAAGCGCUUGGACAGCCGUGCAGAUGAAGGAAAUGUACAGGCUAUCACAGAGGGGAAAGUCAAAAAGGAGGCCAGGACAACACUCACCGAUUUCAACUCACUGAUAUCUAGCCCUAGACUGGGCAGAGAGAAGAAGAAAGUUAAAAAUCAGAAGGACCAGCUGAAGUCAAAAAAGCUGAACAAGAUGAAUGAAUUUCAGGACAGCUCAGAAAGUGAGCCUGAACUAUUUAUUAGUGGGGAUGAACUGAUGAAUCAGAGCCAGGGCAGUAAAAAGGGGUGGAAAACCAAAAGAAAUUUGAGGACAGCCAAUGAACUUGAUGAAUUUAAGUGCCGAAAAGCAAAUGAAAAGGAAGAUGGGCGGCUGGGCAGCCAGGGCUUUGUGUACGUAAUGGCUAACAAGCAGCCGUUGUGGAAUGAGGCGACACAAGUUUAUCAGCUGGACUUUGGAGGGAGAGUGACCCAAGAAUCAGCAAAAAACUUCCAGAUUGAGCUGGAAGGGAGACAGGUCAUGCAGUUUGGGAGGAUUGACGGCAACGCUUAUAUUUUGGACUUCCAGUAUCCAUUUUCAGCGGUGCAGGCCUUUGCAGUAGCUCUGGCAAAUGUGACUCAACGCCUAAAAUGAAAAAAGAAAGAGGAGAAAGAGAGGGAAACACUUAAUAAAUCUUUCUCGUAAGGGCCAGCCCAGAUGGUCUGGCAGCGAUGUACAAAGGAGUCUAGGAGUGAAGAAGGAAGUGCAACUGGAAAAAAGUCUCCAAAUGCCCCAAGAAGGGCAAUAGCUUCGAACAUUAAUGGGGAUCGGGUGGGGCUCCUUUGGUUUGGGAUUUAUUUUCUUUGACUCAACAGUGUGCUGGUUUUUCAGGAUGAGCAAAGAAUGAGAGCUAUUCUGUGUUCUGUUGGGAAAUGUAGCUUUUGGCUUGUUGUGAUGGUUCUUCUGUGUUUGCCGCAAAAAGUAGCUAAUGUAAACCAAUAGAGGGACUUUAAAAGACUGCCCUUCUUUUUUUGCAUUUGUGCAUUCUUUUAUAGAUUGCCUUAUAUCAUACUGUUUUUUUAAAAAAGCAGGGAACAUAAUCCCCCAGACCACUUUGUACAUCAAUAAGUAAAUAGCAAAAAACCCAUACUUGAAAACAUAUGGUUAUUCUUUGGAAAUAGAGCACAGUAUGCACCAUGGAGGUUUUUUGGAAUUUCAUACUUUGUUUUUAAAAUAUCAUUCAAAGGAGAGAGAGAAACCUUUGGGGUGGUUUGAAAAAAGGAAGACAUCUUUCUUCCUUCCUUUUUCCUUUCCUUUCCUUUGUUCUGUGUCUUGGGUUAUGAGUCUGUACCAGCCAUUAACAAAUUGAGGAAAUGUGAUUAAGCAAACAAUGUUGGUUUAAAAUACUUACACUGCUUUUUAUUCAGAUAUGUAGGAUAAAAAAUUGUGACCAGAGCUAAGAAAAGUUAUUUUGGGGAUUCUGGGCAUUGUGGUCCAAACAAUAGCUUUCCAGAGCUUUGCAUAGUUGUAACAACUAAGCAGCAGCCACAGCAGCUGAUCUUCACUUCAUAAUGUUUACAUCUGAAUAACAGUGUACCCUGUGAACAAUUAAAGAUCUAUGGUCAGUUUUGCAACAUUAUAAUGUUAAUGAUAUGGAUACAAGAUCUCUUCACAGUAUACAGCUAUAGUGUUAUGAUUCCACUUUAACUGCAGUGGUUCCAUCCUAUGGAAUUCUAGGAUUUCUUCUUUUAGAGAGGGGCAUCUAGAUUCCCCACCAGAGAGCCCUUGUGUCUUACCAAACUGCAAACUCCGGGAUUUUAAAGUGUACAGUCAUAGCAGUCAAAGGAGCCCUCGAUGGCACAGUGGGGUAAACCUUUGUGCCGGCAGGACUGAUGACAUGAAGGUUGGGUUGCUGACCUGAAGGUUACCAGUUCAAAUCCUACCAGGAGAGAGCGUGGAUGAACUCCCUCUAUCAGCCCCAGUCCCAUGCGCAGACAUGAGAGAAGCCUCCCACAAGGAUGGUAAAAACAUCAAAACAUCUAGGCAUCCCCUGAGCAACGUCCUUGCAGAUGGCCAAUUCUCUCCCACCAGAAACUUGCAGUUUCUCAAGUCGCUCCUGACACGAAAAAAAUAGCAAUCAAAGUAGAAGUGCUGUGACUAUGUAAUGUGAAAGGGUUUAUACGCUGAAGCAUUUCUUGUCUUUGUCAAGAAUUGGACUUAAUUUGUAUAGUUAUAUCUUGCUUUCAGGAUGGGCUAAGAUCUAAUAGGAUCAUAUAGGGCAGCACUGGCAAGAAUUUGCUUGGUUUCUGAAUGAAUGCAUAAAAGCAGACUGUGAUAAGGAUAGUUCGAAUAAUCUGAGUUUCACCAGAGGAAGAUGAAUCUGGUCUUAAUGGCUGGAGAAGGGAAGACGGCUGAUAAAAGGCAGGGUGCAAAUAUUGUUUGGAGUAGAGACCAGUUCGGCAAGGCCAAAGCCAGCAUUUGUUCAGUUAAGAGCCCACGAGGAUAUAUAGCCAGGAUUCGUCAAAAAGGAUCUCAGUAGAUUGCUGGAAGUGGCGCCAUGUUCCAGUAUUUCUUAUUCUCCAAACAUUCUUGUUCACAAUCAGGGGUGCUAGAAAACAAAUCAAAAAGUUUCUGAUUCAAGUCCGAUUGAUUCUGGCAUCCUACUAAUUGAGCAAAGAAAGAGUUGGUGAGCGCUUGCUAUUCUGUAGUCAGAGCAUGUCUUCUCUGGUUAUAAAUUGAAGUGGGCAAUGCUCCAGAAAACAGAUUGAAAGCCCAAACUGAUGGAGAACAUAAUGGUUUCUUUAAUCAACUUUAUGUAGUCAGAGAGACUGUUUCUACCUGAUGAACUCUCCAUUAUGUGUCAGAGGCCAUGACAGGUAUUUCAGAAGAGAUGGUUUAAAGAGAGAACAAAUCUGUUUGAUAAACCCAUUAUGCUCCUGUAUUUUCCUGAUUUUGAACUCGCUCUAUCAAUGAGUGUGUGCAAACUGAAAUAAAUUCAAUGUGUGAUUUUUCACACCACAUAGCAAAUAUAUUGGCCAGAGAUAACAUUUACACACUGUGAAGUUGCUGUGAAGGUUGUGUUGUUAUUCAGCUCUUUUUUCUCUCCAGGAGAGGAUAUUCACCAUAUUUUGUAUUUUUAAAAGAUAUCAAACAAAACUUUAAAGCUAUUACUAGGAGUGAAAUUAGGCUGGUGAUUGUUAGCAGGUUAUUCUUUUGCUCUGUUGUCUCCCAGCAGAAAAUCUGUUGGCAAACAAGAGCAUGUAUAGACUGAAUGAACUCACAUAAUUCAAAUUUCAUAUUCCAAACUUUGAUCCAGGAAAAAAAAAUCUGUGAUAAUUAUAACAUAAUAUAGACUUAAUGAAGAGAGAGCCUUGAUUUUCUACCUGUUCUCCCCUAAAUAUUUGGGGGGAUAUUUUGUAGUUCAUUUCAGCACCCAAACAGAUAUGUGCAAAAGAAAAUUUCUCGCUCCACAUAUCUUCCUGGAAUUGUUUCCCACUGUCCCUAUACAGGCUUUCCACUGGGGGAGUAUGGAAACUGUGUUGACUAGCAUGUAUUAAGCUGACAUGUUAAAAGCACAUCAUUUUCCUGUAGCACUGUGCCCUUCUUUUUUGAUAUCUGUGUGGUCAUCUCCCGCAGUCCCAUCCCCGACUCUCACAACUGGAAAGCCUAAAAAGGUUUGACACAAGUGUUUACCAACUUGUGGGCCACAGCAAUCAGAAUUACUCACCAUUGGCCAGGCAGCCAAGAGUUUCUGGAAGUGAAGUCCAAAAACACCUGGAUAAACAAAGUAGGAAGCAUUGUUUGACACAUAAGAAAGAAACUGAGGAUCCCAACUAGUUGCCUUAACAACAGGAAUAAAAAAUGAUGGAAGAAAAAAUUAUAGUAACAGAUAGUAAAAGGAAAGACAAGAUAUCAAAUGGAGUUUUAAAUUUUAAACAUCUGUAAAUGUGAAGUGGAUGUGAGGUUGUGGUGUUUAGCAACACUAGGCACCAUUCAUUUUAAAAACAAAGUUUUUUUUCCAAAAUGGGGCAAAAUAAAAUGUAGGGAGAACUGUGAGUGUGUUACUACUUGGCAUCCUUGGGUAAGUACCAGUGACUUGGCAAACUAAAAUGAUGACCUGGUACUCCAGGCAGUAAAAAGCAUCUGGAUAUAAGCACUCAUUUUCCACAAUGCCCCUGACCUAGUAUCACUCCUGAGACUUGCAGGUGGGAAAAGGUUAGAACCCGGGCCCAGCAGACUGCCACCAUAUUCAGGUUUGCCCAUUAGGACAUACUGAUGCAGAAGAGGAUCAUUGGAAGACAUGCUGUCCAUGCACAAAAGUAGUGUCUUGGACUGUAUUAGCAAUCAAUCAAUCUAAUGCCAAAAUAUGAAAACAUCCAGAUCAAGUCUUGUUCUGUAGACAAAUGAUUAAUUUUUAAAGUGCCAAAUUCUACAACUAACAAAAAUGUUUUAACUACAGAUUCCAGUUCUACAAGAGAAUUUUGAAUCAUUUGAUGGGUUUACACAGACCACUGACUAGGAAAAGGAGAUUUGCUCCAUCCCCUGUUACAAGAUCGUAAUGAACAUUGUGGUCCUCUCUCUGCUUUGGUUAACAUACAUACCUUGAGACGUCGCCCAGUAUACUGUUAAUUGCUGAAUACUCUUGUUUUCAUAAACUCGAUACUAAUAUUUAGGUAAAGCCCCAGGAACAGAUGAGCUGGACCCAGUGCUAAGCAUUUCAUUUAAAGGGAAGUCUUGGAAGAUGUAGAGAAAAUAAAGCAUUGUAGUACUGUGGUUUGUUUUUGAUGUGUUUGUGAAAUGUAAGGCAGAACCAACUCAACUUAGUAAAAAGAUAAAACAGAAAGACAGUAAGGCCAUACUCAUUGUUGAUAUUAAACGUUUCAGUCUUGGACUGCAGCUCAGUAAUCUGUGAGAGAAAGAUUGCUUCCCAGUCUGAAGCACAUUUCCUUGGAUUCAGGAAUCCAGUUCUUUCUAGAAACUUAUCCAUACACCUCCUAUUAGGAAGCUUUCUGUGCUCCAGUGGAAUGAUCUUAGCUAGUUGACUGCUUCAGUGGUUGUCUAGAUCAGUUGGUCAUUUAUCUGGGCCAAAGGCUGUAGCAUGAAGGCACAUGACACAGCAACUGGGCUGAAGCUUAGCAGAAUUAAGUCUUUUGAGGACCUUACCUCAGCUGUCCUGAGAUACAGGUGUGAUCUAAAUAGAGCUUCAGAAAACCCCUGUGAUUUUGGAUUCUUUCUGCUGGCUGGGAGAUUCUAGAGUUGUGAUCAAAAUGGAAACCUUCCCAAACUUGAAUUAUACAUGAAUAAGCUGUACGUUUCUAUAGGGAAGGGAACGUGUAGCAUCUUGUGCAGGUAGGAUAUAUUUCAUUGAUUCCCCUGCUUUCUCAAGAUCCUUCUACACAUUAUGUAAAACCAAAUUUAGGUUUACCCACAAUUUCAAACUAUUGGGGUAUAGAGAGGUGGGAUCUGAUUAUUACCUUUUCAGUAAGGAUAAUGUGUUUGUAACCCAAUAUGACAUGCAAAGCACUAUCUCCUGCUUAAAGGUUUUUUUUGGGAAAGUUGGGAAGAUUUUGUCUUAUUAAAUGUUUGCUCUGUCUCAUAAAUGGCUGUCUGAAGGAUGCUCUCAAGUAAUGUAUUAAAAUGAAGAAAAAACUGGAAUUUUUUUUAAAAAAAUCAGAAGAUGCUUGUAUUUCAAGUGUUUUGUUAAAAUAGUGCUCAAUGAGCUCAUGCUAUAAUUUCCACCAUUACUGUCAUUUAAAGUUCCUUUUUAAGUCUACAUUUUCCUCUCCUUUUUCUUUUUGUCCCAAUUUGGCCACUUAUUUUGUUUUUUCUUCUUUGUUUAUGUUGUACCCUUUCCUGUACAUUAUUUGCAGGAGGUUUUUAAGGAUCUUGCUGUUUGUUGUAGAUACAAUUUUUGUAUUGUUGUGGAAUUGCAUGGGGAUAUGUUUGAUUGAAAAAGGCAUUGUAAUCUUUAUUGGAAAAGGGUCAUUUUUUCCUUCAAAAAUGCAUUUGUUUAUAAAUGCAUCAUUUGCGUACUGUAAACUUUGGUUAUUGUUUAUUGAUUUAUUACUUUUGGGAAUUUGUAUUGUUAUUUUAAGGUUGUUUUUAGUUCUAUUUUGAGUUGGGAUUUUCUUUUAAGUUCAAGAAUCUUUAUGCUCAGAUGCAUGGAUUUCCUAACCAUGCCAAACCUGCAUGAUGUUCCUGGUUCUGCAGAGAAAAUGGUACACUUCUCCAGUGACUGGUUCAUACCGACAAUAUUUUUAAAUGGCCUUUUAAACACUAUGGAUUAUUAUUUUUAAAUACACCAUUGAAACCUGGGCUUUCUUUGUAAUUAUGACCCUUCCCAUGACCUUCCUCUCCUGUUAUGUGCCCUAUGUAAUAGAUUGUGCAGAAGGUUCCUAGAAAGCAUUAAAUGGUUUCCCUUCAAUAAUGUGUUCUUUUCCAAACUUUUGACUGUCUACAUGAUUGAGAUUCGAUCAGUUGCCCUAUUUUCCUUGAUGAAUUGGAAUUGUAAGACUUGUCCAGGUGUUGCUUAUUAAAUUUUUUGCAAACUAUAA